UUGUACCUUCCUACAUUAAUCUCCCUGGCUUGUACCUCCUUCAUUAAGAAGCGUUAAGCCAGGGUGAUGAACAGAACAACAUUGAUUUAUUAUUAUAGUUAUUAAUUACCACAAAUAAUAUAAACACAAGAAUAAUAAACCCAUUAUUAUUAUUUAUAAAUUUGCAAGAAAGAUGUCAAAUCUAGGUGGUGGAUGUUUCUCUCCUGGUCGUGAAAUAAUUGAAGCUAAUAAUAAAGCAUUUCAGCCUCGCCUUAAGAAGCAACGAUCUAGGAACAUUUUCAAGGUGGCAUUAUCAAAGAUGAGAGGGCGAUCUGAGAAGCCAAAGGCAAUUCAAGUUGAUGAUGAUGGAUCAAGAAGUGACACGUGGAGGAAGGUUGUGGGGUCAAUGAGGACAUUGCAGAUGCAAGAUGAUGCUGCGGAUCAUUAUUCUUCGGCAGCAAGCAGCCCUUCAAACCCUACCAUGGUGAAAUCGCCAUCCAUCGACCGAUUUGAAUCAUUUCCUAAUUCUCCUCUCUCAAACUUCGCGUCGAGUAGCCGGUACUCUUCGGCCGUAGGGCUGGACAAGCUUGUAGAAAAUGACGAGAGCCUAACCGAGUACGAGCAACACGAAAAAGAAGACAUAACCAAGAAGCAUGAUGAUGAUGAUCAUAGUGAUGGUGAUGACAUGAUUGAUGCUAAGGCAGAGGAGUUCAUUGCUGAGUUUUAUCUACAAAUGAAGUUGCAAAAAUUCAAUAAAAUGGACCCUCAUUAUCGAAAGAUUAGUCAGAGAUCAUUAGGUCUAUGAGUUAUUAUUCACGCCCACUUCACUACUCACAUCAAGUUCUCCCAUACUAAGGAUGAUAGUUAAUUAAAAAAGAAGCUUGAAAUUUUGAAAUUUAAGUGUAGGUAAUUUUAUGUAAAGUUGAUAGUUAAAAGUCGUUAAAUAAUUUAAUAGGUAUAAAUAAAUUAUUAUUUAACAGCUCUUAACU